UCCAUCCGGCGCCAGGGAGAGUGUGUGUUUUCCCGGUCUUUCGACAUCAAGUUUUUUUCUACCCUGGUCUCAUUUGGGUUAGUAACAGCUUCGGCGAGUUACCCACUUCCAGUGCCCCUUCCGGAGCCGGUAACCAGUUCCCCGGUGCGCUUGGAUCUCCGCGCUGUCUGGCCGGCUCUGCUGGAUGGUGUGGCGCAGCCGCGCGCUGGGGGUGCGGGUGCAGGCGCCACGGACUUUGCAGCCCAGGCUCACAGGAGGCGGCUGGAGACACAGCCGAUCCUGCGCAGUCUUUGAGGAAGAAAUGUCUUUUGUAAAAAGGAGUCCAAACCAAGAAAUAAUUUCCCAAUUUCACCAUUCAGCAGCAGAAGGGGAUAUUGCCAGAUUAACAUUAAUACUCAGUCAUUCUCCAUCUCUUCUCAAUGAAACUUCUGAAAAUGGAUGGACUGCUUUAAUGUAUGCUGCAAGGAAUGGGCACCCAGAUGCUGUCCAAUUUCUACUCGAGAAAGGGUGUGACAGAUCGAUUGUAAAUAAAUCAAGACAGACUGCACUGGAUAUUGCUAAAUUUUGGGGUUAUAAGCAUAUAGCUAACUUACUAGCUAAUGCUAAAGGUGGGAAGAAGCCUUGGUUCCUAACCAGUGAAGUGGAAGAAUGUGAAAAUUAUUUUAGCAGGACACUACUAGACCGGAAAAGUGAAAAAAGAAAUAAUUCUAACUGGUUAUUAGCAAAAGAAAGCCAUCCAGCCACAGUUUAUAUCCUUUUCUCAGAUUUAAAUCCCUUGGUUACUCUAGGUGGCAAUAAAGAAAGUUCCCAACAGCCAGAAGUCAGGCUUUGUCAGCUCAACUACACGGAUAUAAAGAAUUAUUUGGCUCAGCCUGAGAAGAUCACCUUGAUUUUCCUUGGAGUAGAACUCGAAAUGAGAAAAGAGUUAUUUAAUUAUGCUGGGGAAGUCUCAAGAGAAGAAGAAGAUGGGUUGGUUGCCUGGUUUGCUUUAGGUAUAGAUCCUGUUGCUGCUGAAGAAUUUAAGCAAAGACAUGAAAAUUGUUAUUUUCUUCAUCCUCCAAUGCCAGCUCUUCUGCAAUUGAAAGAAAAAGAAGCUGGGGUUGUAGCUCAAGCAAGAUCUGUUCUUGCCUGGCACAGUCGAUAUAAGUUCUGCCCAACCUGCGGAAGCGCAACUAAAGUUGAAGAAGGUGGCUACAAAAGAGUAUGCUUAAAAGAAGACUGUCCUAGCCACCAUGGUAUUCACAAUACCUCAUACCCAAGAGUUGAUCCAGUAGUAAUCAUGCAAGUUAUUCAUCCAGAUGGGACCAAAUGUCUUUUAGGCAGGCAGAAAAGAUUUCCCCCUGGCAUGUUUACCUGUCUUGCUGGAUUUAUUGAACCUGGGGAGACAAUAGAAGAUGCUGUUCGGAGAGAAGUAGAAGAGGAAAGUGGAGUCAAAGUUGGCCAUGUUCAGUAUGUCUCUUGUCAACCAUGGCCAAUGCCCUCCUCCUUAAUGAUUGGUUGCUUAGCUGUGGCAGUGUCUACAGAAAUUAAAGUUGACAAGAAUGAAAUAGAGGAUGCCCGCUGGUUCACUAGAGAACAGGUUGUGGAUGUUCUGACCAAAGGGAAGCAACAGGCAUUCUUUGUGCCACCAAGCCGAGCUAUUGCACAUCAAUUAAUCAAACACUGGAUUGGAAUGAACCCCAAUCUCUAAAUCAGAUAAUUAAACUUUGACUAUGUCUAA